AUGACGACGAGUGUUACGCUGGCAGCGCCCACCAGCAGCAAUCGCGGUAGACUCUCUGCCAUAGGUGCAGCCCUUGAUGGGGCUGUGGAUGCCCUGACCAUGACCCCCGGUUCUCAUCAUGGCAGGCCUGCGACAUUUCCAGACUUUGCUGUACCAGGCGGACAAGGUGCCACAGAGCUAGCUGAGCUUCGGGCGAGAGCGGAGGCAGCUCGAGCCACUGCGAGCGGAGGCAUGUCUGCAUACCGUCGGCGGAUCAGCAGUCAACAGAGCCUUCUUGGAAGCCUCGACGGAGUUGCUGACAACCAGGGCUCUCACAUCGAAUGGGAUCUGCGCUCCGAGGAGAAGGCGCUGGAGAAGUUGCCUUGGACCAGGGGGAGAGCUUUCAGUUUCAUCGUCUCCAGCAUCAUCUUUCUGAAUACGGUCUGGCUCGGGCUCGAGACGGAUUAUUACGACGAAAGGAACUAUGUUGGGCAAGUCGAUCCAUGGAGGAUAGUCAACUACACCUUCGUUGGAUUUUUCGUGAUUGAGCUCGUCAUCCGAAUCUACUCCCGGUCAUGGUGGCCCUUCAUUGCAGACAACUGGAAUAAGUUUGACUUUGGCCUUGUGUUGCUAUCCUUAAUGGACACAUUCCUGCUGGAGCAGAUCUCGGACAGUGCAGGUUCUUUGAGCUCGCUGCGCGUGCUGCGCGUGCUGCGCGUAGCACGUGUUCUCAGACUGCUGCGCUUCUUUAAGCCUCUCUGGCUUCUGGUCAUAGGUGCCGUCGAUGCGAUGCGUGCUUUGCUGUGGGCGUGGGUGUUGAUCUCCAUCCUCAUCUAUAUUUUUGCCAUCCUGCUGACCCGAACCGUGGGCUUCGCUCAUCGGGGAGCCACUGAAGAUGUCGACAAAUAUUUCGGAAACCUCCUGUACAGCAACUUGGCAGAAUUUGGCAGACUCGGCACAUGCAAUCAGCUGCCAGCUUGA